UUUCCAUAGACUGAGUAUACUAACCAUGACUAGUACCUGUCCUGAGUGCACCUUCAAAUUGUGUUUCUUUUUAGCUGAACACAAUAAUUAAAUUCAUAUUAUAUCAUCAAUCAGCGUCCAACUCCAUGCCUGCAUCUCCACCUACAGGUAGAAACAGGAAGUGCACGCACAGGGAACAAAUCAGCACAGAUUUUCACAGCCAUGAAUCAGUCCCUCAGAAAAUGAUGUGGCAGCCCUCAGUGAUGAAAAACAACCCUCCUCGCCGAGUCGUGAUGAGGUGAACCGGCAGCUGGAGCUCCAGCAGAGAGAGAGAAAGAGAGAGAGAGAGAGACCACCAACAUCAACACCACCACCGUGCAGGAAAAGCGGCUGUCUCUUCAGAGACCAUCCCCGACGCCCACACUUCCGGACUGGAGCCUCUGGAGGCAGCUGGGUCGGGAUGCAUCCGUCUCCCGGUGCUGCUUGAGAUGAGGAUAAGACGACGACGUCUUCCCAGUGAAGCGGCGAUGGUACAUUACGUUACAUUAGACCUGCCCGUUACAAUCUGAGCAGAAGUGAUCAAAUCGCGGUGGUUAUUCGCUCAAUACUCAACAAGAGGGGAUUCAGGCAUUAGCCAUACUGUCUGUCUGCUGUCAACUGUUGCUUAUUUCCACUGUAAAUGAAUCUUAUAAGGUUUAUGAACAACCGCGUUCCUCCUAACAAGAGAUACCAGCCCACAGAAUAUGAGCAUGCUGCCAACUGUGCCACGCAUGCGUUAUGGAUAAUCCCCAGCCUGCUGGGCAGCUCAGUGUUGCACUUCCAGUCGGAGGACCAAUGGGAGCGACUCUCGGCCUGGGUGUACGGGGCGGGGCUCAGCUCGCUCUUCAUCAUCUCCACCCUGUUCCACACUGUGGCCUGGAAGAAGAGCCACCUACGGUCUGUGGAGCACUGUUUCCACAUGUGUGACAGGAUGGUGAUCUAUUUCUUCAUUGCUGCCUCCUACGCCCCGUGGCUGAACCUGCGGGAGCUGGGUCCCUGGGCGAGUCACAUGCGCUGGCUGGUGUGGGUCAUGGCCUCUUUUGGAACCACCUACGUCUUCUUCUUCCAUGAGAGGUAUAAGAUCAUGGAGUUGAUCUGUUAUACGGUGAUGGGAGUUUUUCCUGCCUUGGUCAUCCUCUCAAUGCCGGAGCAGUCGGGGUUGUGUGAGCUGCUGGUGGGCGGAGCCUGCUACUGUCUGGGGAUGGUCUUUUUCAAAAGUGAUGGCAUUGUACCAUUCGCUCAUGCCAUUUGGCACCUGUUUGUAGCUAUGGGAGCAGCCAUUCACUACUACGCCAUCUGGAAGUACCUCUAUGCCCAGCCACCCAAUCAGGUCCAGACCUCCAGAUGACAUCAGCGCUGACCUCACAGGGGGUAGCUCCUGUGUUUGAGCAACUUCAAGGGGUUGAUGUGAGCUGUGUCCCAGUUCGGGGGCUGCCUCCUUUGGAAAGCAAGUGGGCUGAACCUCCUCCCUAAUUAAGACAUAUAGCCUCACAAAAACUAAUGGUGCAUUUAGGUGUUCCUCCUCAACUUAUAAAGUUAAAAAAAUACAUGUUCAUCACCAAGUUGCUUUCAAUCUGCCGGCAAAGUUGUAACAAGACUAAGAGUCUACAGCCACACUAGCGGCUCUGUGAGGGUGUACUUAGGCACAGCAGUGCUUUGAGCGAAAUGCUAAUGUCAGCAUGCUAACAUGAUGUUGUUUAGAAAGUGUAAUGUUUCUUAAUUAGCACUAAACACAAAGCACAGCUGAGGCUGAUGGGAAUGUCAUUAGUUUUGCAGGGGAUCAUCAAAGGUACAAUUCAUCCUGAGGGGGAAAUUAAUGUCUGUACUCUAAGGGAUUUUAUGGAAAUCUAUCCAUAAUUGUGGAAACAUUUCAUUUAAAACCACAAAUGUGAACCUCAUGGUGGGGCUAGUGGCUUGGGGAUCACCAAAGUCAUUAAGAUACAUCAUCUUGGAACCAUGUACAAAAUGUUGUGCAAAUCCAUCCAGUAGAUUUCACUGGAUAGGCACAAAAGGACAAGUCAGGGGACAACUGCAAACAGUGUACUUGUAAUGGUAAAUGUAUCCAUAUUACUUCAAUGUAUCUUUAACUUGCUGUGAUUAUCAUAUCAAGGCGUUUAGCAUCAACAAACAGUGGAGUCUAUGCCUGACUGCCAUUAUUUACAUUCUGCACUGGCUUUUGUGUGACUGAUGGCAACCUGACCUCAAUUAUCUGGUAAAUAUGAUGUGGUUAUGUGAUAUUUCCUGACUUUAUGAGUUGAUGAGGACAUUUGAACGCACCAUUAAGCUAUUGUCUGGCAUGCAGUGGAUUGUAGGAUAUUGUAGUAGAUACUGGAAAUAAUACACCAGUUGUUUUUGCCAAAUGUGUCAAAAAAGAAGGUUGCGUUUGGAGGAGACGCAACCUUUCAGCCUGCCGUGAUACCUCUGGACUUCAAAGGAGGAAGCCUGUUAAUGAGACACAGCUUUUGUUUUUACCAGUCCAGUUUAGUUCAAUUUCAAGUUAUUUUUGCAGGAAUUUUCAUUUCAUUCCAGUGAUCAGGGGUUAAAUUACUAUUCUUGGAGAUUUCUCUCCAUGUGGUGCACAACCAGAUUCAGUGUUCAGAAGUUGAAUUGAAGGCAUUGUCUAAUUGUCAAGAGGAAGGCAAUGUUUACAUUUAGCUGACUUCACUGUCAUAAUUAGUUUUAGGACAUUAUUUAAUGUAUUACUAUCAUCAUUAACAGAAAGUGUUGUUUUGGUUUGAUUAUGUUUAGGAGGUUACAACAUCAGUAAUUUACUAUUCCAAUUCAGAGCACUAGAUAGCAUUAUUACUGUUAUUGUUAUUAGUUGUGCUAUCUACACUGUAGGACACUAUAUGGUUUAACAGUGGUUGCUUCAGUUGGUGAUUUACUGUGAUUUCCAAAUCAAGCAUGACUGUAGAAUGAUCUUUUUUUAUGUUGAACAUACAGAUAUUCAUGGUUUUAGGAGACUUUACCUGUGUGCUUCCAGAUUUAGGCUCUGCUCAGUAGAUUAUCAAGCAUAAUUACUGAAUUCUAAUAAUUUACUGUUGUUGAUUAGGUUUAGUAAGUGAAGAUGUCAUCAGUACGAUUUAUACAGUAUAUAUUUAUCAAUGACGUACAGUAUAUGUUGACUUCAUCUAUAUUUUCUAAUGUACUUAUAGUGUCAGCUGAUUAUCUUCAUUAUCUUCAACCUAAUGAAUGGGACCCAUUUGAUAGAGUUUGUCAAAGCACUGCCAGAAGACUGACUUACUGCCGUAACUGAUAGCACACUACUACCAUAUACAUCUCACACUUGAAAGGAAACUGAAGCUAUAGUAUUGUUGAACAAUCUGGCCCAAUAUUAAGGCAUCUCAGGUGUGUGUGUGUGUAUACGUGUGUGUGUGUGUGUUUAUAUGUAUCCUAUACUAUCUGACUCCCAUGAAUCCAAAGCCUGUAAUCGGCUGAGUCUAUGUUUACACAUGAAUGCACGUACCUUGAACACAUAAAAAGUAUAUUUGAAAUAUACAUUUACUCCUAGUGUUAAGCUGUAUGUGGUGGCACAUGUUAUAUUGGACAAGCUUGUGUAGUGUGAUAAAUGUAGCUAGAGGACCAAAAGGUCAUACCGUCUGGUAUUCAUGGGUGUAAAACAUAUUUUUUUAAACCUCUGCUCCUGUUCAAAAUAUCUUCACUGCUGUCUCUCAGGAUUUGGAUCAUUUGGGCUUAAAAGCCUGUGAAGCCACAUUCAAGGACCACUAAAGCUGCUCCGGUUGUUUGGGCGCUGUCUGCAGCAACGAAAACGAUCAGAUAGCUGUGAAGCAGCUUUCUUUAAUGCUGGCACCACUCCAUACAGCUUCACUUGCUUACUCACACCCCCAAGUAGGGCAGCAGUCCCACACGUUUUCUGCAAGCUUUACAUUUGGGUAAUAUUUAUAAAGUGACCAAACAGGAAAAAGCUUUACGGCAGAUAGAAAUUGACAUACAGCCACUACAGAUAUUACAUCAACAGAUGUGUUCAUAGAUUAUAAUAAGGAAUUUGCUGUAAAAUACACAAAAUUUGCAUUUAGAUUUGCAUCAAAAUAGAGUGUGAAAAACACUUAUGUGAUAAAUGUGCCAGAUUUGUUUUUCAUUGAAGUAAGUGAAGAAGUUCAAGAGAAAAUUAGGAAGGCAAAAAUUGCCUUAUCUUACAAUGUUAAGAGGUUAAAAAAUGAAUGGAUCCACACCAGAAACAAAUCACCUGUUCCUUAGCCUAAGAUAUCGUGCUAAUUUGCAGACAAACAAAAUGAAAACCAAGCAAAGAGGUGGGACUGACAACAUAAUCUUGUUGGCACAGGUAACAAAUAAUAUUAUCCAAGUAUUAUAGAACAUAUCUGCACAUUUUUAACAAAGGAGCAGCUAUGCAGGAACUGUCUCCUUUGCUGCCUAACUGCCCCUGAACGGGGCCUGGGGCCUCAAAUAUACUUUCAUUUCAAAACUUCAUAAUGUUCAUUCCUCAAUAACUAAACAUUUUUGCAGUUACAACUUACUAACCAGCACAUGAAUGCAUCAUUAUACUGUAGGGUCCAAAAUGUAUUCAUUACUUUUUGAGAUGUCUGACCAACAAACACACCAGGGUUAAAAAUAACCUGGAUUUAACACAAAUCUUUGUUAUUAUCAUUGUUUACCAUUUUGUUUUUAGUCAUUAAAGAGUGGUAAUUUAAUGUCAGAACAAAUUUACUCUCACAGUGGACUGGGGAUUGCAUUUGUCACACUGUGGAUAUCUCAGUUUGGAAUUAAACUCUUCAGAUAUAUUCUCAAAGUGUUUACUUGAGCCUCUGAGAAACACCAAAUGAUUGAGCAUUUACUGGUUUGGAGUACUCUGGGGCUAUUAUAGCGUAUCGUAGCCAGUAUUUUGACUCGUGCCACAGGCAGGUUUGGAGACGGUAAGAUGAAGUAUUUGAGGAUUUGACGUGUGUCUGUCUUGUCUUGGUUAUGAUAUCUGUCUCAUUCACAUGUACAGUGCCCACCUGACUUUGUAUAGAGUUUUAUAAACUCUCCAUGAAGCCUUCAUGGACCCCCGUACAUUGUUUAUAGACGCUCUGUGAUUGUGGAGCUGCUGACUCUGUUCUCAGUGCUGCUGGUGUUUUCUUUCUGGUCGUACGAGACUGAUUAUAUUAUCUCAUAUUCUCUCUCUAUAGUUUUCAUAUUGGUUUUUGUGUCUGUGGUGCUUUUGUGCUGUGAUAAGCCUAUAUGAUGCCAACAAUGCUUUUAUCUUUUCUAUUUCUCUUGUAAUAAAAAAGUUUUUUCAUGCAGUAUA